UCCCAAACUUCACCUUCAACUUUUUUCAUCAACACACUUGCACCAUCUCUCUUUCAUCUAUAAUCUCCAAACUAUUCACUAGGGUUCAAUAAGAACCUCCGAUCACCUUCUAUAUACUUCCAUCUAAAUAACUGAUCAAGAUCAUCAUGUCGAACCGAUGGUGGACCGGUCAAGUCAACGUAGCUGGGGUGGAAACAUCAUCAGCCGGUUCUGGUCAUUCUCCAGUGAUCAAGAAACCAGAUCUCGGUAUAUCGAUGAACGAGAACAACACAGCAAGUGAAGAAGAUGAACGAGAUAAUAAUAGUGAUGAUCCAAGGGAAGGUGCUAUUGACCCAUCGAACCGCAGGCCAAGAGGCCGGCCUCCAGGGUCCAAAAACAAGCCAAAACCGCCUAUCUUCGUGACUCGAGACAGCCCCAACGCGCUCCGUAGCCAUGUCAUGGAGGUGGCUAGUGGGACGGAUGUAGCGGAGAGCAUAGCGCAGUUUAGUCGAAAAAGACAGCGAGGUGUUUGUGUUAUGAGUGCUAGUGGGACAGUUAUGAAUGUAACCUUAAGACAGCCUUCUGCACCUGGUUCAGUCAUGACUUUACAAGGCCGGUUCGAGAUAUUAUCAUUAACUGGAGCUUUUUUACCCGGUCCAGCCCCACCUGGAUCAACUGGGCUCACUAUAUAUCUAGCUGGUGGUCAGGGUCAGGUGGUGGGUGGGAGUGUGGUUGGGUCUUUAGUAGCUUCUGGACCGGUUAUGGUCAUAGCCGCAACGUUUUCUAAUGCUACUUAUGAACGAUUGCCGGUUGAAGAAGAGGAGGAAGCCGAUAGUGUGGCACCAGGGCUAGCUGCUGGUGGAUCACCGCCGCGGCUCGGGAAUAUGGGUGAUCCCACUCAGAUGGGGGUUUACAAUAUGCAGCCUAAUAUGAUCCCUAAUGGAGGUGGACAGAUGAACCAUGAUCAAGCUUUUGGUUGGGCUCAUGGCAGGCCUCCAUACUAGAGGAUUGGUUUAUAAGGUAAUAAGUUAUUUAAGACCAAAAUAAUGAUCAUGUUAUAAAAUAUUAACAUGAAUUAUCAGUAGAUAGGUUACUUGAAAUUAAGUUUAGGUGAAUUGUGAUGUUGUAUACAUUAACAAUGUUGAACUUCGUGUUUGUACACUAAUGCAAUGCAAUGAUGAGAAUGAAUAAAUAAAUAGGGUUUGUAUUUGUAAAGCUGUCUUGGCUUUGUUUUGAGUUUUAUAUACAACAGAAAUUGUUCUUGUAUA